UCUCUCUCCAAGUGCCCACUUGGGCCUCUCUCUCUAAAACUCUGUGACCCCAAAAACACCCAUUUUCUCUCUCUAUGUACAACAUGUAUAUAUAAUUCCUUUGAUCCUUUCCCACUGAUUGCACCCUUAUCUUUUCUCUCUCUAUAUUUCACUUUCUCUCUCUAAGCUUCAAAAGUCAGCGCCUUGUUUUGUCUCUCUCUCUCUCUCUCUCUCUCUCUCUUUCUCUGUCUCAAAGAGACGACAGUGGUAUUAGACAGAAAACAGAGCUGUGUCUCAGAGUCCUUUCCAUGGCGGACGAUUGGGAUCUCCAAGCGGUUGUCAGAGGCUGCUCUUCCUCUACCUCCACCACCACCAACAACACUUUCUAUUCUACACCAUGUUUCACUCCUCCUGAGUUCUAUCCUUCUUCUUCUUCUUCUUCUUCUUCUUGCUUUUCAUCUCCAUUUUUUGCUCUUCCAGAUCCUAUGAGAGAGACUUCAAAUGGUAUGGAAGAACUCCAUGAGCUUUACAAACCUUUCUUCCCCAGAUCCCAUCAGUUUUCUCCUCUCUCUUCUACUUCUUCUUCUUCAUCGCAAACUACUUCUCCAAUUUCUUCUUCUACUUGUUCAUUCUCUUCUUUUCUCCGUUCUUCUAACGAACAGAGACUGUUACAGAUGAAACCACAACAGCAACAACAACAGACUCAGCCUUCUAAGCAAUCCCAAUCCACUACCACAGCUCCACGAUCAAAAAAGAGGAAGAACCAGCUGAAGAAAGUUUGUCAAGUUCCUGCAGAGAGUCUUUCUUCAGAUAUAUGGGCAUGGCGGAAAUACGGUCAAAAACCUAUCAAAGGCUCUCCAUAUCCAAGGGGAUACUAUAGGUGUAGCAGCUCAAAAGGGUGUUUGGCCCGGAAACAAGUGGAGCGGAACAGAUCCGACCCGGGAAUGUUCAUAGUCACAUACACGGCCGAACACAACCACCCAGCUCCGACUCACCGGAACUCGCUAGCCGGCUCAACCCGUCAGAAGCCAUUGACCCCUCAAACUGUCAACGCCGAUGACUCCAACAACAACAACAUACCCACCACCAAACCCUCAUCUCCGGCAACAUCUGUUGAGGAAGAGCUGGUUGCACCUCAGAGUACAACCACGGAGAGCAAAGAAGGGAGGGAGAGUUUUUUGCUUGAUGAUGAGGAAGAAGACGAAUUUGGGUUCUCGGAUAUGGCUGUGAGUGACGAUUUCUUUGUGGGUUUGGAAGGAUUGGCCGGUCCGGUGACCGGAGAGUGCUAUUCGGAUCACUUUCCGGGAAGCUUUUCUCUUCCUUGGGUUGCUAAUAAUGCUGCCACGGCUGCCGGAAGUAUCUAAGUCGCCGGGAAAAAAAAUUCAGUUGGUGAUGUGGGAUUUAUUCCUUUUGUCAAUCACACUUCUCUAGAGAAACAUUUAGCAAUUGGUGGAAUCUUGUUUAACAAUGUUUACAGAAAGAGAGAGAGUUUAAUUGAGGGGGAAAAAAAAAAAAAAAAAGUAGUAGAUUUUAGUCAUUUAAUUUUUUUUUUUGUUUUGGGGGUUUUAUUUAUUUUCUUUAUUUUUUUAUUUUGGGUUUUCGAGUAAGGUUAAACUAGUUGGUAGUGAACAAAUUGUAAGAAUGAUUUGCUGAUCCAUUUGCUUUUUUACCA